AACUGAUGGAUUCUUGGCAUGGUCAAAAACAAAACAAAACAAAUAGAACUCCACCCAUAUAUUUUUAACAGUGUAAUUUAUACUGGCAUAGACGGAAGUGAUUGUGUUUCAAACGUACAUAGAAGAUAAAUACAUCAAUUAUUUCUUUUUUUUUAAACGGUUCCGUCUGUAGGGACACGUUUUAACGCGAGAGACCAAAAAAGAAGGGGGGGUCGGGCGGCAGAAAGAGAGAGAGGGGGGGCGCAAACAGUGAAGCUCGUCCAAGUAGAACUGAUUUGUCUGGUCCUGUUUUCCAUACUUUCACCUCUCGAAGCCGAGGCUGUCGACGGAGUUCCGCGAUGUCUGCCACGCAGACAUACAUGUUUUAUCGUGGAUAUGCGCUUCCGACUGAGACUCACAGCGAAGAGAGCCUGAAAUUUGCGCAGGAAUUCGAGUUCGGAGACGAUGAUGUCGUGGCUGUCACGUACCCGAAGUCAGGCACAGUCUGGACACAGGAGAUCCUGCCUCUGGUACUUAAUGGAGGAGAUCUGACACCAAUCCAGACUAUUCCAAACUGGGACAGGGUGCCGUGGCUGGAGGAGAAAAGACUGGCCGUGGUUGUGGAUCAGCUGCCAUCUCCACGGGCAAUGGUCACUCAUUUUCCUUACCACCUCAUGCCUCCGUCUUUCCACAAGUCCAAGGCAAAGGUGAUCUACAUCACCAGGAACCCCAAGGACGUCCUGGUUUCCUCCUACUACUUCCAUCAGAUGGCUGGAUUUCUUGAGGAUCCAGGAACGUUCGACGAGUUCAUGGAGAAAUUCUUGGCAGGCAAAGUGCUGUUUGGAAAAUGGACCGAUCACGUGAAGAGCUGGAGACACACAGAUCUUGGAGACAGAAUAAUGUACAUCACCUAUGAAGAAAUGGUGCAGGACCUUCCUGCAGCUCUGAGGCGUUUCUCAGAUUUCUUGGGCUGUAAUUUGAGUGAAGACACAAUUCAGAAGAUAUCAGAACACUGCUCUUUUAAGAGCAUGAAGGCCAACAACAUGUCCAACUUCAGCAUGAUUCCAAAACAAUACAUGGAUGCCGACAAAUCUCCCUUCUUAAGAAAAGGUAUUUCUGGAGACUGGAAGAACCAUUUCAGCUCAGAGCAACUGGCCAGAUUCUCUGCAGUCAUCAUGAAGGAGAUGGAAGAUGAGAACUUCUCUCGGCCCUGGAGUUUGGAUUAAAUUUUUAUCAAUAUUUAGAAUGACAACAAAGCACUUUCUUUGUUCGUCCUGCUCAUGAGAAAACAGGGAUUUAUCAGAGACUAGUUUUCCGUCAACGUCACCUGUUAUUUCUUUAUGGUCUUUAUUCAAUAAUACUUUUAUUUGAGCACAGAAAAGGUACAGUACAAGGUAUACUUUUAAUCUUUGCAUACUUUUUUACUGCCCAAUUGUAAGUACAGACAGAGUGAUAAUUUUAUAGGAAAAUAUGAAAUGUGUUUGGUGCUUUUUUACAAGUGGUGACUACACACCCUACUAACCCUGUCAAAAAUAAAUAUGUUUUC